CUUUCAUUUCGUGCCGGCGAGGGGUUGGGUUUCGUGGCGUGCGGGGGUGCUGCGUUCUGUAACCGGUUUCCAAGCGGCCUCACUUGCCUCCGCGGGAGCGGCAGCAGUAGAGCGCCGUCGUCCCACCACUCUACUUGCACGGGAGCCCGUCGGCCCGGCGAUCGGCCGCGGCGUUCACUUGUUCGACAUAGAGCUCGUCAUGGUCACGUGAGGGCUGCAGUUGGACACCACGAUACACCAAGCGCGGGCCUCCUUCUUUUGACAGACGCAGCCGCAUUUCCCGCGCGCGCUCGCGCGCCUAUCUUCUGCUGUAAGCCGGCGUUGAAACACCAAGAGGCGGCACCAUGUUUUACAUGCUAGUUGCCCCGCUCCACCGAGCGGUCAAGAUCAAUCGCAUCGUUCUCGACAAUCAGAUCUUCCGCCUACACUACAAGGCGACUUCACUGCUGCUGCUCAUGUUCAGCAUCCUCGUGACCAGCACGCAGUACUUCGGCGACCCCAUCGACUGCAUUCAGCACGACUCGGUGCCGGCGAAUGUCAUCCGGACGUUCUGCUGGAUCCACUCGACCUUCAACGUCCCCGCUGCCUACAAUGAGACGGUGGGCAUCAAUGGCGUCCCUCACCCGGGCAUCCAGAAGUACACCCCGGACGAAGUUCGACGCUACUACGGAUACUACCAGUGGGUCUGCAUGGUGCUCUUUCUGCAGGCCGGCUGCUUCUACGUGCCACGCUAUCUGUGGAAGUGCUACGAGCAGGGGCUUAUACGCAACCUGGUCCAGGACCUCGACUGCCCCAUCAAAGAGAGUGCCGACGUGUGCAAGAAGACGGAGACGGUCGCCCGCUACGUGCGUAGCCACUUGAACAUGCACGGCCGCUACUUUGGCUGGUACGUGACCGCCGAGGUUCUCAACUUCGUCAACGUCAUCGGUCAGAUCCUGCUGACGGACUCCUUCCUGGGCAACAUGUUCACCACAUUCGGUACCGACGUGCUCAGUCACCACAACGAGGACCCGGACGUUCGCAACGACCCCAUGAUCUGGGUUUUCCCGCGCGUCACGAAGUGCUCCUUCCACCUGUUUGGUUCGUCCGGAGACGUUCAGAAGCACGACGCCUUGUGCCUGUUGGCGCAGAACAUCAUCAACGAGAAGAUCUACAUAUUCCUGUGGUUCUGGUGGGUCAUUCUGGCCGUGCUCACGGGCGUCGAGCUCGUGUACCGGCUGAUGACCAUCCUGUUGCCAAAAGUGCGCGAGGUGAUCCUGCGGUAUCGGGCCCGCAUGGCUGACCGCCGCAUGCUCGAGAUGGUCAUCAAGCGCGUGUCCACGUCCGACUGGUUCCUCCUGGAUCUGCUCUGCAAGAACAUGAACCCGAUGCACUACCGCGCUUUCAUCAACGAGCUCGCCAAGUCAUUGGAGGACGAAUACGGCAAGAGGCUGCUGGCCGGCGUCGACACGUCCAACACGAGCACCGUCUGAAUGCGACUCGCGUUGCGAGCCGCGGCUUGCUGGAAAAGAUAAGAUGGCCUUGUCCGCCGUGUCGUGACAGAACUUUGUUUUAAUCGAAGCGCCUUGUUUGUUCCGUGAAACCGACAACCUUGCGCGCGAUAUGACAAGCGUAUACACGAGAUGCCAAAAUCUGUUUCCACGUCAUAGGCGUGGUGUCUUAGAACCCCGAUUCUGUUUUCCCGCAGUAGUGGCGUCUUUGUAUUUUUUUUCUCGCUCUCUAUUUAAAGUGGAGCUUCAUGCGUUAUGCGCAUGUUUUAUACCGUGGCCUUCCUCGCUAGAGUGUAGUCAACAGCACCUUGUUUUUCUUUGUAUUUGCUUUAAGCCGCAAUGUUCUUCAGUCAGGGUAAAAGACCGUUUCAUCUUUUCCUUCAGGUCACAUUCAUGCUCUGUAUCUCAAAAUGCUACGCGCUGCCAUUAUGUCUGUAGGUUUAGUUAGAAAUUUACGGAUGCCAUAGGAAUACAGGCGUGACUGGCUUCUGUGCUAUGAUUUUUUUAUAUAGGUCGUUUGUGCAAAGGCGAGAGUGUACGUGCUCGAUACCUGUGAGCGUGAUAAGUUUAUUUAAAUGUUUGUUCCUAGCGGCUGACAAGGGUUUUUUCCAGUGUUGACAAUUUGGGCGAUGCGAUGCUAUAUCCAUUAUAGGCAACGCUAAAAGCAGGGUUUCUCUUUACGGCCAUUUUAUAUCAGUGAAAAAAAAAUGAUUUUACUUUUAUGAACUGUUAUUGUACUGCAUGCAGCCCAAAUUCCAUUCGUUUUUCUUCGUCUGACUCGCAGUGCCUUGUGUGUGCGUGUGUUUUGUGGUGUGUGUCAUCGUGAAUGGACAUCAUUGAAGAAAAUACCCUGCGGACCUUUUUUUUUUUCUUGAAGGGUUAUGUCAAACGUGUCACAAUUCAUCGCACAAUUGACAAGAGAAUACACAUUCAGAGUGUACUGAUGAAAAGAAAAA